AUGUUGGAAAAGGAUGUUGAGGCAGGCUCAGAGAGCCCGAGCCCGAGCCCUCCUGUCGACGUUUCGCAAGGCAAAGUCGAGCUCUCCACUUCCAAUGACACAGCUUUCGGCCGCUUUGUCGACAGCUUCAGACGAAAUCCCCAUGCUCGCGUGACCAGAGAAGCCAUCGAUGCAGAUGGCAAACGACUCGAGGACCAGCCUCCGGCGCAACCGGCACUUGCUAUGAAGCUGAAGUCUCGACAUUUGCAGAUGAUUGCGAUUGGCGGUUCCAUCGGGACUGGUUUAUUCGUGGGUUCUGGAUCUGCUCUUGCAACGGGUGGCCCAGCAUCUUUGAUUAUUGCGUAUGGACUUAUUGGCGUCAUGCUUUUCUGCACUGUGCAAGCUCUGGGUGAACUUGCCGUCGCAUUUCCUGUUCCUGGUGCAUUUUCGGUCUAUGCGAGCAGGUUUCUGGAUCCGGCUUGGGGAUUCGCAAUGGGUUGGAACUACGCCCUUCAAUGGCUUGUGACACUACCGCUUGAAAUUGUGGCAGCGUCUCUUACCCUAGAAUUCUGGCCUGGGACUCGAGAUACGAAUAGUGCCGCCUGGGUGACGAUAUUUUUGUUUGUCAUUAUCGUCAUCAAUUUCUUUGGAGUCAAGGGAUAUGGCGAGGCCGAAUUCCUGUUCUCCAUCAUCAAAGUCGUCGCCGUCAUUGGCUUCAUCAUCCUCGGCAUUAUUAUCAACACUGGAGGUGUGCCGGGUGAUCAACGGGGCUAUAUUGGCGCUCAUUACUGGUACGAUCCAGGCGCAUUUAAUGCCGGCUUCAAAGGUCUUUGCUCUGUUUUCGUGACUGCCGCAUUCUCCUUUUCAGGCACUGAGUUGGUCGGCCUGGCGGCAGCGGAGACGGAAAACCCAAGAACGUCCUUGCCUACCGCCGUGAAGCAGGUCUUCUGGCGAAUCGCUCUCUUCUACCUAGUUUCGCUCACGAUUGUCGGCGUGCUGGUCCCGUACAACGAACCAGACCUGCUCAACGGCAGCAGCUCCUCGGACGCCAAUGCCUCUCCAUUUGUCAUUGCCGUGCGCAAUGCCGGAAUCGAUGCAGUUCCCUCCAUCAUGAACGUCGUCAUUCUGAUCGCCGUCCUGUCCGUGGGAAAUUCAUCGGUCUACGGUUCCAGCCGUACGCUCGCCGCGCUGGCAGACAUGGGCCAAGCUCCCCGGAUUCUGGGUUAUGUCGACCGUGCAGGUCGGCCGCUCGUGGCCAUCAUCGUCUCCUCUUUGAUCGGGUUUCUGUGCUACAUUGUCGCGGCUGGUCCGGACACUACCACCGAAGCCUUUAAUUGGAUGAUUGCUAUCAGUGGUCUUUCAUCCAUUUUUACAUGGGCUUCCAUCUGUCUCUGCCACAUCCGCUUCCGACGAGCAUGGCGUCUCGCCGGCCACACUCUCGACGAAUUGGCGUUCAAAUCCCAAGCUACCGUCUACGGCUCGUGGCUGGGUCUGAUCAUGAAUCUUUUGAUUCUGGCCGCGCAAUUUUGGACGGGUUUCGCCCCCAUCGGAUACGCGGACAUGUCGGCCCGCGACCGCGUCAAAUCCUUCUUUGAGGUCUAUCUUGCCGCCCCGAUCGUGAUCGUCAUGUAUCUCGCCUACAAGAUCAUUAGGAGGACACAGGUCCGGAGAGCCAGACAGAUCGAUGUCCACAGUGGCAGGCGGGAGCUGAAUCUCAAGGAGAUUCUGGAGGAAGAGCGUAGAAUCCAGGCCACCUGGCCGCGGUGGAAGAAGUGGUGGAACAUCUUCUGCUGA